CUGGCUGGGAGUCCCAAAGACUCAGAACUGAACAUAGACGUUCAUAUCGACCUAACACAGUUUUAGUUUUUAUUUCAUUUUUGUCUCAUAUUAUUUUUUUUUACAUUAGCUGUACAUUUGUGUAUAUAGAUAUUAUUUUAUAUUUUUAUACAAGUCAACAAGAUGGAACUUAAUUCUCUUUUAAUUCUCCUGGAGGCUGCAGAAUACUUGGAAAGAAGAGACAGAGAAGCAGAACAUGGUUACGCGUCUGUUUUACCGUACAAUAGCGACUUUUCCCGAAAGAAAACGAAAGCUUCACCAAUUUCAAGAAAAACUCAGAACAAUAGAUCGUCACACAACGAGCUGGAGAAACACAGACGUGCCAAACUGCGGCUGUACCUUGAGCAGCUGAAGGAGCUGGUUCCUUUGGGUCCGGACAGCACUAGACACACCACACUGAGCCUGCUGAAAAGGGCCAAGAUGCACAUCAAGAAGCUGGAGGAGGCGGACAGAAAGGCUCUGAACACCAAAGAGCAGCUCCAGAGAGAGCACCGCUACCUCAAACGACGUCUGGAACAGCUGGUGAUGCCUGGAGGCGUGGAACGUACCCGAACCGACAGCCUAGGCUCCACCAUCUCCACCGACUCAGAGCAAGAGGUGGACAUUGAAGGCAUGGAGUCCCCCCUGGGCGAGGGCGAGGGCGAGGGGGACAGCGUGGACGAGAGCAUCAGUGACGACGGCCUCCUGGACGGCGAGGAGGAGGAGGACUACAACCUGCAGAGCAGCUCCAGCGACGCCAGCUACACACAGCAUUCCUCCCACAGACUGCAGCCGCACCACUGCUAGGGGCCACCAGGGGCCCCCUGAGGGCCACACCUCCAAUCAGCCCUCUAUGACCCCAGCCCCACGUACCCUCCUAUUCCCUUCCUACCCCCCCUAACAUUGCCCCAGCACGCACCUCCUCCAGCCCACGCUACGCGGUCAUCAGCCACCCCCCCAGCAAACAGCGGCUGUGGUCUCCCCCUCCCAAUGUCCCCAUUGGAGUUUAUUCCUUGGAACCAGGAAGUAGACUGUAGAUGUUCCUGUCGUGGCUGACUUCCUGACUUUUUCCUGUCCUAACCCCUACACCACACCCUACCUCACCCCUAUCCUAUCACCCCUUAUCCCGCUUAUCUUGCCUAACCUGACCCCCAGACCUCCCUCACCUCUACCUGUUGUUGUGGCUGCAGGCUCGGAUAUAGCAGAGCAGUUUGUGGUUUCGUUGGGGACCUCUGUGGUGUGGUGGCAGACAGCUUUGACUUGUCAAUGGGAACUCAGCGUGUGUGUUUAACUGUGUGUGUGUUUGUGUGUGUGGCAUAGUUGUGUGUGCGUGUGCGUGUGUGUGUGUGUGUGUGUGCGCGUGUGGUAUAGGAUAGAGCAUUAGCUGGGGACAAACUUCAACUCCGUCAUUUGAAUGAGGCACAAUUUCUGAUGGAGAAAAAAAAUAACGUUCUAUUGGAAUGUCCUAUUGGAGUGUUCUAUUGGAGUGUUCUAUUGGAGUGUUCUAUUGGAGUGUUCUAUUGGAGUGUUCUAUUGGAAUGUUCUAUUGGAAUGUCCUAUUGGAGUGUUCUAUUGGAGUGUUCUAUUGAGUGUUCUAUUGGAGUGUUCUAUUGGAACAUAUCUCUUGUUAAUCUGCAAACCCCAAUCAAUGUUACCAAAUGUACUGGACAUUAGGGUCAAUAUUUCUAAGGGCAGCACAUUGAUAUCUCUCCCUCUGGCUGAGUUCCUUAACCACUACUCCACACUACUGAACACGACACUAGAAGUGGGUCUGAAAUGGCACCUAUUCCUUAUAUGGUGCAAGUAUCUGAAAUGGCACCCUAUUCCCUAUAUGGUGGCAGUGUCUGAAAUGGCACCCUAUUCCCUAUAUGGUGCAAGUAUCUGAAAUGGCACCCUAUUCCCUAUAUGGUGCAAGUGUCUGAAAUGGCACCUAUUCCCUAAAUAUUCACACACCGUGCAUCCUCAGAAUGGAAAACCAUACUUGA